AUUAAAGUCUAUGUUUGCAUCAGAUGAAUGGCAAACAUCUCGUUAUGCCUCCACGGCUGAUGGAAAAUCGAUUAAGCAAAUAAUUCUAUCUGCCAAGUUUUGGGAUUAUGUGAAAGAGAUUGUUGAUAUUGUGGAGCCGCUAUAUGUGGUCCUCCGUUUAGUGGAUCAAGAAAAAAUACCUCAAAUGGGACAUGUCUAUUAUAAACUAAGGAUGGCUAAAGAUAAUAUUAAAAAAAAUAAUCCGCUACGGUGUCAAUCUUUUCUAAAAAUUAUUGAUAGACGUUGGGACGUCCAGAUGAACCGGGAUCUACACCUAGCAGGUUAUUAUCUUAAUCAGUCGUACCAUCAUCGUUAUAAUCUUGGAUUUGAUGAUGAACUGUUGAAAGCAUUACGAAACGUUAUCAAUAGAUUGGAGAGGGAUCCAAAACAUGCUGCUCUUGCCAUAAGUGAGGAAAAAAUAUUUCGUGAAUCCUCUGAAACUUUUGGUGAAGCGGGUGCAAUUAAUGGAAGGCACAAUACCGAUCCCAGUAAGUAGCUCCAUAAUUUGGCCAG